AGGAUCUAGAAAUUAAUUAUAAUCCAAAUUUGGAAGAUCAAAAUUUUAGCCGUUCUAAUUCAGAUAGCUCUAAUUAUUUUACAUGUAAUUCAGAUCAAUAUAGUCUUAGUUUAGAAAGUUCAAAUCAUCUUAAUUUAGAAGAUUUAACUAGCUUUAAUCAGCGUAAUCCUAUUUUAGAAGAUUUAACUAGCUUUGAACACUAUAUUCCUUCUAAUUUAGAAGAUUUAACUACUCAGGAAAUUAUUGAAAUUAGUGAUACCGAAUCAAAUAAAUCCUAUACCUAUCAAGAUAAAGAAAAAUGGCGACAAGAAUCUCAAGAACCUUAUACUUAUCAAGAAAAAUGGCAACAAGAAUCUCAGAAAAUAAACAGAGAUGAUAAUUGA